GAACAAAACCUCUUAAGCAAUUCAGAGGUUCCUCUCAAGUCCGAAGCAGCUUCCAGCCUCCUUAAAAUUGAAAAACAGGGGAGCCUCUUUCUUUCCCCUGUCUAUAUCUCAAGUAGUCUCAACAAAACAACAACACCAACACCAUCACCAUCACCAUCACCAUCACCAUCACCAUGAAGCAAAAGAUGGCAAUUAAGGUUUCGAUGAACGGGCAGAAAUCCCGAUCAAAGGCCAUGAAGAUUGUAGUAGGACUUCCUGGUGUGGAGUCGGCCGCUUUGAAAGGCGACGAUAAGACCCAGAUUGAGGUGACGGGAGAUGGAGUUGACGCAGCUCAGCUAACGAUGUUGCUGAGAAAGAAAGUGGGAUUUGCGGAGUUAGUGAGCGUGACUGCUGUGGGAGGAGAAAAGAAAGAGGAGAAGAAAGAGGAUAAGAAAGAAGAUCCCAAGGCGCAGCCUCUGGUUUGGCCAUCUACAACGCCUUAUUAUAUCUAUGAGGUACCACCGACGAGCCAGUACCAUGACCCCUGCUCCAUCAUGUGAAAGAAAGAUUAUGCAUCUAUGUUAAUUAGCAAUAAAGAUUGAAAAAUUAAUAUAUGGAAAUGUUUUUUUUUUUUAUGUGUACUUGUUUGUUUUUUUUUUUUAAAUAUUUUAAUUAUGAAGUAGGUUCGAACCAUUUCUCUUGAAGAGAAGAUAUGAAUUUUACAAGAAUAAUAAGAAUCACUUGAUCCACAGGAUCAAUAUGUACUAGUUUAUUUAAUCUUAUAAAAGAUAAGAUAUUGUAUUUUGAUUACUAAAUCAACACAUAUAUAAUAACAAAAUUUUAAUAUU